CCGCCACUCUCGCUCGCUCGCGUUGGCUGGCUGUUACUUUGGCUCUCUCUCGAUCACAUCACACCCUUCAUUCGUGUGAGAGCCCAGCAGUGUUGAAGCCUCGCCCUCUCCCUGGUUUCCCACUUCGCAACUGUCUCGCAGCAACGACGCGCAGGCAUCGCAGCGGGCCCGAACGGCCACCAUGUCGCGCGCUCGAAGCCAGACGGAGCGCGGGCCGCGCGCUCUGGAAUCACGGGCGAGGAGCUAUAGCGCCAUGAAAAUGUUGGCGGCGCCCUCCAAUGGCUGGGACUGGUCCAUCCUGUUGGAGCAGCGCAAGCACCCAAAGGCAAUCGUGCACAACAUCGCGCUCAAGGACCCAUGGUACAAAGGCGUGCUGGAAGGCCGCACGAGCGUGAUUGUUCUGCCGAAUCUGCCUUCCUUCCAAGGCAUCAACGCGGGUGACCUCGUCGUCCUCUACCCAUUUGGUAGCAAAUCCCGCGCGCCCGGCAAGUCAUCCUCCAGGAACACGCGCAUGGUCACAUGUGUCGCCAUCCACGAGAACGUCGACCGUUUAUUGGACAUCUACUCGCCGAUUGCUCUCCUGCCGGACGGAAGAGAUCCGGCCACCGUCACCAAACUCAUUUACGACACGUUCAGAGCACACGCAGCGUCACAAGAUCAGUAUCUGACCAUCGAAGUGCAGCAGCUGCCUGAUACUGCCGGGGCGCACGGGGAUUUGUUUGACGAUUCGCAUCAAGUCGUUCCCGCCCUCGCUCGCAAACACACGCGCACACGCGCACGCGAGAACACCGGCAGCCCCGAUGAUUGUCGUGGUGGUGAUAGUGGCAGCGGUGGUGGGUUGGUGUACGGGCAGGACAACAGCAACAACCACAGCAGCAGCAGCAGUGACGGCACUGUGAUGACGGCCUCAUAUUGGAAGAACCCCUUUGCAGACGCACAACCCCCGUCCCCGCUGCCGCUCGGUGUGCCGGUGCGCCAGGUCGCGUGUGGGCGCAACCACAUGCUCGUCCUCACAGCAGAUGGCCGUGUUGCUGCAAAGGGCCUCAACAGUCACGGACAGCUUGGGCUGGGACGUGAUGAGUCAUCCAUCGCCACGCCGCACUUUGUUGCUGCGCUCGCACAUGUGGCAGUGCAGCACAUUGCCUGUGGCACCGAGUUCAGCGCGGCUGUGGCCGCAGACGGAAGCAUCUACACGUGGGGACGCAACGAUCAGCUUCAGUGUGGCCACGGUCCUGCCGACACCACACCAUCACUGUCGUCGUCGUCGUCGUCUUCAGAUCAUUCAGUGCUCCCCAUGAUUGCGUUACCGGAGCCGCUGCCAAAUGUGCAGAACACAUGCACGCGCGUCGAAUGCGGGUUGCGUCAUGGCAUGGCAUUGACGCGCGACGGACACGUGAUCCUGUGGGGAACUGGCCCCAUGUUCGCUGCUGACGAGGGACACAUCCCAACACGCGUGGAUGCACUGUCCGCAUAUUGUGUGGAGGGCAUUUCCUCCGGACAGGAGCACGUUGCUGUCCUUGCGAAACCGCGGGGUGGACCAUCCCGUGGCCGAAUCAUGUUCACGUGGGGAAAGAACGAGAGCGGGCAGCUUGGUCAUGGUGAUCGCGCUGUUCGCCGCGCCCCCACGGCUGUACAAUCGCUCGUCGGACGCAGACCCGUCCUCGUUGCUGCGGGCAAUUCACACACGCUGGCUGCAACGAGUCUCGGACACGUGUACCUCGCUGGUACUUCUUGGCACGCAACAGCAUCGCUAUCCUCCCGCGUACCGUUUGACCGGCUGCUGUUCACGCUCGUGCCUGCGCUCUCGUGCGUGCGCGCGUGCUCUCUUGCUGCCGGUGACCACUUCAGCGCGGCCGCGUCGCUCUGUACAUGUGUACGCCCGCAAGCACUCGACACCACGCCCAGUGCUGUGCGCGCGCGUGGUGUUGGUGGGAGAUCUGGACUCUCAGUGGCACACACAGCAUCCACACCAUCAUCAUCGUCAUCAGUGCAAUCCUCGUCCAUGUCCUCAACAUCACACCCGUCAUCAUCGUCGUCGUCGUCGUGCACAGCGGUUGUGCAUCUUGUUGCCCCGGAACACGAGGAGCACAUGGCCAAAAUGAAACGCCGCUUUGCGCACUACCGCUCAUACGUCAAUCAUCCCCACGGCCAGCGCCUUGACGCAAUCCUGGCCAAACCGCUGCCCAAACCGCGCGGCGCCGUACACAAACACGUGGAUGGCGCGUGCGUGCGUGAGCUGAGCGGUGUGCACGAGACGUGUGCUGUCGUGUGCACUUCCACGUGUCGCCCCUGCGAUGAAAUCGCUAUUGUGCAGGCGCUCACGGCACGCGAAAUGGAUGCUGUGAACCACUCACGAACCUUGCUGCGCGGGGGCUUCCUGCCCUUGAAGAAGAGCAAGAAAGUUAAGGCGCUGCUGUCGCCGUCGUCCUACCGCAUCCUCGCAGCUGCCGUGGAUGCGUACAGUGCACUGUGGCAGACAACGUGUGCGCUUGUGGACCGCCUGCUCAUCCUCAUCCACCAUCGCAAGGGCGCCGCCCUCAUCCCACAACUGUUUGAGUCGCUUGGCCUGACGACUGCGUAUGCGGCGUACGGGAGCGCAGCAGCAGAUGCAGCGGCAAUGGGACUGGCGAUGGAUACAGAGGUGCAGUCCGCACUCGCGCAAGGCAUCGAGGCCACGACGGGCGUCCCCGUCAGUGCAGACAACCUGCUCCAGUGGGCUCUCAUGCAGCCGUUCAAGCGUCUCAAUGACUACAGCGCCAUGUUUCGUCUCCUUGCCCGCUGCUCUCUCACGCCCACGGCCGAACAGCGGCGGACGAUGCACGAGGCCUCGCUCGCCUGGGAGUCGCUCGCCAAGCACACGCGCGUUGCGUUUGAUGAAGCAACAGACACAUCCCGGUUCUGGAAAAUCAAUCCAGCGCUGCGCCGGUCGCUGUGCAAGCCAGGACGGCGCGUGGUGGCACACAGCGCCAAGGUGCCCAUCCACGUGCGUGCAAGCAUCAACUCCAACAUGGUCGUGCUCUUCAACGACACGCUGUUUGUUGCGUACAUGUUCAGCAGCCGCACGUAUGACCUGGCAACCAUCUGGAUGGAGGAGCCACCGCACACCGCUAAGGACAGGGAGGACUUUGCUUUUACGCUCGUGUGUCCGGAAGAACGGCUUGUCUUGGCGGCGCCAAACAGAAACAACCUCGCAUUCUGGAUUGAGGCAAUCAAGCUUGCACAGUGCCAGCUCUUUGUUCCCGUCCGCAGAAGCAACAGCAACAGCAAGAGCAACAGCACGAACAACAACAACAACAACAACAACAACAACAGCAACAACAAGGGUGCGAAUGGGACACGCAACAACAACCACAAGGAGACAGCUCGCACUGCCACCAUCGCUUCCACCACCACCACCACCACGUCCAAGGCAGCACGGGCAAAGAGCAAACGCACGAGCACAACCCACGGCGCGCGCAGUGCAGGCAGUCGCGUUGGUGAGGGCCGGGCGAAGCGUCGUGCUGACUCUGGCAAGGCGGCAUCGUCGGUUGACAUGGCCAGUGGUGGCAGUCAUCGUGACAACGGCGGUGGUAAUGGUGGCGAUAAUGAUGAUGAUGAUGAUGAUGAUGAUGAUGAUGAUGAUGAUAAGGAGGAGGAGGAGGAGGAGGAGAUUGUGAGGGAGCUGCUGAGCGACAGUGAUGCAGCGACAACACACGCGCACGCGCACAGACACCAGACCCUCAACACGCCUCAACACGUCAGCCCAACACGGCUACAAACGCAACAGCAGCUGCGCCAGUUGCAGCGGGCGCGUGAUGGCGGAGGAACGCGACAACGGACGCGAACACGAAGCACCGGUGAAGAGACAGUGACUGCCGACCGUGUGCUGCGGGCUGUGGGCGUUGAUGAUGUCGAUGACGAUGACGAUGACGAUGAUGAUGAUGAUCAAGAUGAUGACGGUGUUGGUUGUGGUGAGAGCACUGACACAGUGAACGGUGGAUCACGCGGUGAAGUGGAUGGUGGUGGUGGUGGUGAUGAUGAUGAUGAUGAUGAUGAGGACAAGGAAGAAGAAAGCAGCGAGAGCUUCAAUGAGGAAGAUGAUGCAUGGCACUCGCUCACGUCAUCAUCGUCAUCAUCAUCAUCCGCAACAAGCGCCAAUGGCGAUGGCAGAGAUGCGGACGUCGUGAACGUUGUUGGCAACAGGCGUGGUGAUCGCGGUGUUGUUGUUCACGUCAACCCAACGCGGCGUCUCAGCAGCAGCAGCGCCUCAUUCGCACAGCCGCAGACACAUCAGCAGCAGCAGCAGCAGCAGCAGCAGCAGCAGCGGUCAUCUGGAAGCUCUGAUGCUGCAGUGCGCGCACAUCAGGAAGGGAAGACAGCAAAGAAGAACAAAACGGCGAAGCGUGUGCGCAUGUACCGCGUGGGACACGACGCCCUCAAAGCCGUUGUGGCGCACGAACGUCAAGCCGUGUCGCUGGCCCACCACCACCGCCUUGUGCGCCGCAUCUGCCGCUACCACUUCCGCAACCACCCGCACUACCGCGGCGCCGUGUACGAUGGCGAGUGGCGCAACGCAAAGCCGUCGGGGGAGGGCACCAUGACGUGCAGCGACCGCACGCGCUACUCCGGCAUGUUUGUGGACGGCUUUUGCGAGGGGAUGGCCACGAUGGAGGCACCGUAUGGUGUUGGUUCCAUGGCUGUUGCGUCCGGCAUGUGGCACCGUGGGUCACUGGACGGCCACGCGUGUGUGCUGUACCACAACAAGGACAAGUACCUUGGCGAGUGGCAGGCGCACGCCCACCACGGCUACGGCGUGUGCACGUACGCAAACGGCAGCGUGUACCGCGGCGAAUGGCGCAACGGGCUGCGGUCUGGGUAUGGCACGCUCGUGUCUGCGUCGCUGGUGUACUGCGGCAUGUGGCGUGACGAUGCGUUUCAUGGGCCAGGUCUCCUCAUUGAGGACGACACAUUGCACGAGGGCGAGUUUGCAGCCGGCAAGCUCGUUGGCCAGGCCCUCAUCGCAUCCGCACGUGAUAACGUGUGGUUCGUCGGCGGUGUUGUGCAGCGAGGGUUCUUGCAAGGAAAAGGCGUUCUGCACACACAACACUGCAUCAUUGAGGGCGUGUUCAAUGGCCCAUGGGAGCCGAGCAGUAUUCCCGCAUCAUCAGCUGUCGUCCACGCCAGCGCUCCAUCGCAGCAGCACCACGCGCCCUCGUGUACAGCACCUAGAGCGUCCCUGACGAAAGGGAGGACUGGCAUCGACGAACUUGUGCGUGCCAUGACGCAACACGUCCACCAGCACCGCUCGCGUGUGCUGUGGAAGAAGUCGCGGCUGCAGACGAACACGGGCGCGCUCACGGAGACGGCGCUGCGCACGUGGGAGCAAGUCAGACCGCAGGACAAGUGGAGGCCUCUCUUUGAGCGAUGCAUUCGGGAUCUGCGGCGAUUAGAGAGCAGGCGCUCGUCGUUCCAAUGCAACAGCGGCGGUGGCGGCCCAACGCGUCCACAGCUCCCACCAUCCGAUCUACACGACCUGACGGCCUACUUGUGGCGAAAACUUCAUGACCACGCCCACCCGUGGGGACGCCUGGUGGAGGAUUUGACCGACGCGUUUCAUUCCGCUUAUGGUGGCGUGGUUGUCGGCUCGCGAUCAGCCGCCCACGCUGUGGAGGAGUUCCAUGGCAUGCUUCGCAAUCUGGAGAAGACAGUUCUCAUUGUGUAUCCUCAACUCAAGGGCUUCGAGUGCGACCAUUGUGCGUAUGGUUUCCUGCAGCGCAGUCCCGUACACGCGAGCGUCUACCACGUCGUGCUCGAGCCCGUCCUUGCAGAACACAUUGAUGACACUCUUCGUCCACUCCUCCAGGCAGCGACACAGUCGCUGGACGCGUGUGUGCGACGAAGAACGGACGUGCUGCAAGUGCUCCCAGACGAUCUCCUCUUAAAGGAGCUCAAUGUCGACCCAAAGUUCUUGCCUGCUGUUUCUCGCUUUCCGGAUCCAGCGACGCCAGCGAGGUCGAUUGCGACGUCGACACCGCGCCGUCGCGCUCCGCGCACCCUCUCGCCAGCACCAUCCGAUCCGGACCCCAAUGACUCCUCUCGCUCCUCCAGCUCGCUGGUGUUGGACGCCUCGGCCAACGAGCCGCCCCCGGGCACACUGCACGCCCCGUUUGCCGGCGAGCGGCUGUCUGAGGACUACCUGCUCAGUCUUCCGCGCACGGCAAUACCGUGGUCGGGCGGGUCAUCAAGGGCAGACAGCGUUCUCGCACUGCACACGCCGAGCCGAUCACCAACAAUGGACAGCGCAUCGUCGCUGCAUUUGGACCAGUCGUCCCUGAACGCAACGCUGGGGCAGCACUCGCUCUACCUCAACCCAAUCACGCAAGACGGGUCGCCUGGCUUGAUGUUGGAUUGCGUCCUCCUCCCACCACACCACGUCUUCCAGCCAGGGUUUGUUGACGCGGUGCAAGAGUUUCAGCGCCUUCCACGCCUUCAUGGCGCAGCGGCCAAGAUCAACUGCAUUCAUCGCGUUGCCGCCUCCCUCGCCGGGGCCGCACACCAGUUUACAGGACAGGAGUCUGUGGUGAACAUGGAUGCGCUGCUGCCGCUGUUCAUCUUCGCCCUCGUGCGGGCGGAACUGGAUAGCGUGCAGGCAGACCUGCUGUACCUCCACCUCUUCCUCGACGACACCAUCGCCUCGGGCGAAACAAACAUGCUCAUCACGACGCUGCUCGCCGCGUGCGAAUACCUUCAACAGUGACACAACCUCUUGCUGUGUGUAUGUGUGUGCUUUUUGAUAUGAGUCGUAAGGGAUGGGUGAUUGUCUCAAGGUGUUUGCAAUUCACACCGCCUCUUGACCCCUCAGUUGUCUUGCCUGCAGGCAAGUAUUAUUGGUCUCAGGUGGUGGUGUGAGUGUUGCUUUCGUACUCCACCACGUGUUGCCUCCAGGGUGUUGGGUUUUCAAUGUAAUUGACGUACACAAAUUGUGGGUAACACAAUGCAACUUGCUUGGAGGCAGCCUCCACCUCGAUCAUCGUCAUUAGGAAAGAUAAACAGCAUGCCGUGAAA